AUGGCUGUCAACACUCCCUACGUUACGCUCAACGAUGGCAACAAGAUGCCCCAGGUUGGCUUUGGACUGUGGAAGGUCGACAAUGCUACCUGCGCCGACACUGUUUACAACGCCAUCAAGGCUGGAUACAGAUUGUUCGACGGUGCCUGCGACUACGGCAACGAAGUCGAGUGCGGUCAAGGUGUAGCCCGCGCCAUCAAGGACGGCCUCGUAAAGCGCGAAGACCUCUUCAUCGUCAGCAAGCUGUGGCAAACAUUCCACGAGCGCGAGCAAGUGGAGCCCAUCUGCAAGAAGCAACUGGCCGACUGGGGCGUCGACUACUUCGACCUGUACAUCAUCCACUUCCCCGUCGCGCUCAAGUACGUCGACCCCAAGGUGCGCUACCCACCGGGCUGGUUCGUCGACGGCGAGAGCAAGAUCGAGCACAGCAAUGCCAGCCUACAAAGCACAUGGGAAGCCUUUGAGGAGCUCAAGAACAAGGGCCUGGCCAAGAGCAUCGGUGUGAGCAACUACUCGGGCGCCCUCCUCCUCGACAUGUUCACCUACUGCAAGACCAAGCCCGCCACCCUCCAGAUCGAGCACCACCCCUACUACGUCCAGCCCUACCUCAUCGAGCUCGCCAAGCAGCACGACAUCAAGGUCACCGCAUACUCUUCUUUUGGCCCCCAGAGCUUCAUCGAGUGCGACAUGAAGAUCGCGGCUGACACACCCCUCCUCUUUGACCACCCCGUCAUCAAGAAGAUUGCUGAUGCGCAUGGCAAGACUCCCGCGCAGGUCCUCCUCCGCUGGUCGACACAACGCGGUCUUAGCGUUAUCCCCAAGUCGAACUCCGCGAACCGUCUGCAGCAGAACUUGGAUGUUACCAGCUUCGAUCUCAAGGACAACGAGAUUGCGGAGAUUUCGGGCCUGGACAAGAACUUGAAGUUCAACGCUCCUACCAACUACGGUAUCCCUUGCUACGUCUUCGCAUAG